GCUCCGAGCCAUCAGUCCGAGGUCGGCAGCCGGCGACGGAGGUACGUCCUCUCCUAGCCAACAUGGCUAGCACAGUGAUCGGGGUGAUACUUGUCGUCUGGACCGCCCUGGCCGGGUGGUCCGCGGCGCAGCAGCAGCAGCAGCAGGCCGCCCUGCCCAGCGCUCUUGCUGACGAGGUGUUCACCAUCAUCGCAAGAGCAGUUCAGCAAGAGCUUCGGCCAGUCGUCGUAAAACUCGAGUCACAAGUGGAGUCACUGGACAAAACGGUCAGAAGGCACGAGUCUCGGAUGGAGUCGCUGGACAACAGAAUGACUCUGCUCGACUCUCGAGUGACGGAACUUACCACCAAUAUUUUGAGGAGCAGACAGAGUGAGCAGAUGGAUGAGCUGUCCAGUCAACUGACUGGAAUCACUGCGAGACUCGACAGCCAGCAAUCACAGCUCGACAGUCAGCUAUCUCAACUGAGCGAGCUCAACACCCAGCUCAAUGAACAAAAGUCACAACAAGAGGAGACUGCAGCCACAGUGAACAAUGUCACAGCGCAACUGGAUACCGUCGUGACACAGCAAGGUAACCAACUAACACAACUGGCUUCAAGGCUCGACAGUCAGCUAUCUCAACUGAGCGAGCUCAACAACCAGCUCAACGAACAAAAGUCGCAACAGGUGGAGACUGCAGCCACAGUGAACAACCUCACAGGUCAACUGGAUAGCAUCGUGACACAGCAAGAUCAACUCGCACACACGUCUCAACUGGCUACAAGGCUCGACAGCCAGGAAUCUCAACUGAACGAGCUCAACAUCCAGCUAAACGAACAAAAAACGACUCAGAGUGAGCUUUCCGUCAGAGUGGGUAACUUGGAUAACCUGACCUACCAGGUUGACAUUCUAGGAUACCAGCUGACCGAAGCUAUAAACAACACAUCAUCCCAACAGGAACGUAUUGACGACCUCGCCACAAAGUUUAACCAUCUUUCCCUUCCUCGUGACUGCAGCGGUCUGCCUGUCGACUCCCCAUCAGGAGUCUACCUCCUUCGGCCCAGUGAUGGCAGUCAACAACCACCCGUCGAGGCCUACUGCGACAUGGAAACUGACGGAGGGAGAUGGACGGUGAUCCAGCGGAGAGACAAUAUCGAGCCCCGCCAGGAUUUCUACCUGGGAUGGAAGGACUACAAGGAAGGCUUUGGUAAGGUGACCAAGGAAUUCUGGCGGGGCCUUGAACACCUAUUUCAGCUGACAUCAUACCGACAGUACGAGCUUCGUAUUGACCUCGAAGCGUUUGACGGCAGUCAAAGAUACGCUACAUACCAAGGGUUCCGUAUCUCGUCUGAGGAGGACGGCUACCAACUGAGCGCCUCCGACUACUCGGGAACUGCCGGUGAUAGUCUGUACUGGAGCGUCAAUAAGAAGUUCUCUACCCGUGACCGUGACCAGGACGGCUCGUCUGACUAUCACUGUGCACAGGACCAUCAGGGGGCCUGGUGGUACGGCGGGUGCGGGUUGAGCAACCUGAACGGACGGUACCGGGACGGCGGUAAUGUGGACCGCACUGGAAUAUGGUGGUGGACGUGGAGGGAAUAUGAGUCACUGAAGAAGACCGUAAUGAAGAUCAGACCCACCUAACUCAUCUACGCACCGAGGAGGUCAUCACAGAGAUGUACAGUCGGUGUCACAAACACCGUGCGGCAGUCGCUCGGACACUAUAGCAGAGCCAAUUAUAGCAGUGUCAUGAGCCGGAACAUUACUACUAAUACCGUGAGUGUUUCUAACAUGUUGUGAGAGUGUGAAAUAUAGGAAACACGUCAUUUCAUAGCGCCGGAACGAAGUACGUUCCUAUAGGUGGGGACAAUGUAUCCACUUUCUGUAUGUAUACAGCCCUGGUCGCGUAGAGAAUCAGUUGCUGUUCAUGCUUGAAAAAUGUACUCUGUUGAAUAAAUAAACAAUAUCUAAUAAUGA